CUGUUGCAAGAGCGAAGCGAUCCAACGUGUUGGGGCAGGGGCAGAAAUCAGGAAGUGUGUUCCCCGGCCACCCUAUAAAACUCCAGGAAUCUACCAUCAACUCCAUUCGACUCCUUCAGAAGGCGUAGCAACAGAUUUAAUACACUUUUAAGCUUUAGCUGCACUUCCGAGAUCCACAAUGAAGACAGCCCUGACUUGCACGUUGUUGUUGGUUGUGUUGGGUCUAUGUGAAAGUGUUCAAUUCGGGCAGCUCUGCAGUGGGAACAGCGCCAACACCAGGAGAUCUUCAGAUCGCCAUGGAGAGGGUCGAUUUGGAGCACAACGUCAGGGACGUACCCACAAGGGGUUGGAUAUCCUCUGCAGUGACGGCUCUAAUGUCCUAGCUCCGUUUGACGUCCAGCUGAACGGGAAGCUCACGGUCUACGCUGACCCCACCAACGCCCAGACCGCCAUCAACAAAGGCAUUAACCUCCGGGGAGAAGGAUUGUGUUUCAAGCUGUUCUAUGUGGACCCGGUCCAGACCACUGGAACGAUCCGGAAGGGGCAGAAGAUCGGCACCAUGUUGCCCAUGCAGACAGUCUACCCUGGAAUCCAGUCCCACGUCCACGUCCAAAUGUGCGACAAGUCCGACCCCACACCCCACUUCUAAGUCUGACUCCGCCCCCUAUCGCGGUGUCUGACCCUGUGCCUACUUGUAAUUGCAAAUAAACCUUGGUCCUUUUAAAAGCUAACAUAUCUUGCUAUGAGAACCAACCUUUUUAACAAUAAAAACGGAAUGUUUCUAAACAUCAA